AUGGCCCGCUACCUCAUUUCUUUUGUGUUUUUGGGGGCCUUUGUGGACGGAUUGGCGAUCCAACCGCCUGGAGACCCCCUAAACCCGCAAGAAGAGUAUCGUCGAAAAAGUUUACCCUCUCCGGCAAUAUCGGAUGCGUUUCAACAGGCACGGCCGACGUCGCUCAGCCCUAGCAUUUUUCCCAGAGUCGUGAAUGUCGACCUAGAAGCCAGGCAGGAUGCAGGAUCGGCUGCGACCACCGACACACAUAUGGCCACCUCUACUCCGACUCCAGCGGGAGGAGCUGAGCCCUGCACAUACACCCAAGAUGGUAACACGCUCAUCAUUCAAUCUCCCGGAGCCAACACCAUGUGCCCGCCUACUGUCUUGGGGUUCGCAUUGGCAACGAACUCGGUGUCACCACCAUCAACCUCUUCCACAUCCUCCGCUAUGCCCUCGUCAACUCCAGAGAGCGAGAUGACCGCGACACCAACGACAGACUCGGCGGCACCGAUGCCUACUUGCCCUACCGCUGCUACCAAUGAGAAAUGGCCAGGUUGUAAGCUUUGUCCUAGUGGCUAUAAUGAAAAAGACUGCCUCAGUAGUGGCACUCAGAAGUUGGUAGAGUUCUUCUUUGCAUUUGUGGACGUCGCAACCGGGUUUACCAGUGUGUGCCUGGGGCGUGCUGCUCGAACAUUUGUCGAUGAUUCUCUUAAGAAAGGUGCGGUCUGA